GUACGAUUAUACUUAUCGUCAAUUCUCUCUGUCUAGGUAAAUGGGUAUAUUUCCUCGGUUUGGUGCCUGGAUCAAUGAGAACAUUGAACAGCCGAGAAAAUCUCAAAAUGUUGAAUCCAAGAAAGGGAGAGAGAUGAAAAGUCACGAGGAUAGAGAUGACACAAAGGAGCAAUUAAAACUAUGGAGAGAAGCAGAAAAGGAAAAACAAUGGCUUGAUCCUUCCCCUAAGGUGACGAAGCAAAACAUAUCAAGAAGAUUUACAGCAAAUGGUAAACGAAAAGGGAGGUCAGUAACGGCUGACAAAGUUUUGGCAUGGAAGUUCCGGAGGUGGUCGCGAACUAUCCCGAUACGUGUAAAUUCAAUCCUAGAACCAAAAAGACCAAUUGAUGUACAUUAUAAGAUAGAGAAAAAAUACAUGAUGAGGUUCAUGGAAAAGUUUGAGGUUUCCUGUUCACUGGAGCCAAUGUAUGUAGAUUCAAAACACUUGUGCAAGAACAUGAAGCCGAAGAACCGAGAAGAAUACAAAGAAUGUAGUGGUGGACAAGGAAAGAUUGGGACAAAGGUGGAACUGGAACAGGUUUUUAAGCCUUCAUUUAUUUUCAAUUAUCCACCGGUUUCUUGGUACAUUCGCUGGCUUACUGUCAAGACCAUGAAGGAUGUGGCCAGAGAUUUCCAAAGUCGGGCUGCUGUCAUCCGAGCCGCUGAAAUACCCCAAUCCGGUAACAAUCGAUUUUUACCGUUUUGGUAUUAAAUAUUAAAUAGUGUUCUAAAAUUAUAUUAGUUUUAUGUGCAACUCCACAUAGAUGUCCGUUUCCAAAAUACUCUAUUACAUUUGUUUCCUUAUGGUUACUACUU